AUGUCCAAAACAGCCGCUGUUCUUCGCGGCCUAGUCUUAUUGCCUGUCGUCCUCGCCCAGCAAUUUCCACUUCGAACCACUUCGUACGAGCACUUUGGUUUGAGUGAGAAGUGUUUCGAAGCACUGAACACCACUUUGGAGUGCUCUAGUCAGUUAGGUAGUCACGUCCGAUCAGAAUCUACAAGAGUUGACGUUCUCGACGCCGAUGGAAUCGACGCAAUUUGCAAUGACGGUUGUAAAAAGUCAUUAGCAGAGUUGCGGGCUAAGAUUCAGAGUGAUUGUAACCCAAAGAUCGAUGUCUUCGAUCAUGGUUUAAUGAUAUAUCCUGCGACGUAUAUUGUAGAUCGUUACAUUUACGUCUACGACAUUUCAUGCUACAAGAACAGAGACACAGGAAACCCUUGCGACUACAUUCUGGGCGAAUGGAGAAAUCAAACAGAUGAUUCCCCGCGCGAAUGCGACGAUUGCGUUCUUGGGCCGAUGGAAAUUGAAGUCAACUCUCCUAUCGGCCACACCGAAUCGCGGGCUGUUGAGUUUCAGUCCGUGAUCUCGAGCUGUGGCGCCACAGGGUACACCUACACUAGUCCGUUGCCAUAUGCCAUCAGCUCAACAGUGGCCCCUCCGGACUUGUCCGCAUCCCCGACCAUAGGGGCUCAGAGUUGGUCAGCCCAACGCAUGUCAGCAGAUUGCGCCACCACGUACCACGUCCAAGACGGCGAUACCUGCGACAGCAUUUCUAUUGCUCAGAGCGUCUCGAGUAGGGAUCUGGUAGAGGCGAAUGAACAUCUUGACAAUUGGUGCGGUGGUCUCGGCGCAGGACAAGAAAUGUGUCUGCCUGCGCAGUGUAAACUGCACCUACUGACGACCGAGGAUUCGUGCGAAUCCUUGUUAAGGCAAUAUGGAGUCUCGCCCAAGGACCUUUCGGAGUGGAACCCAAAACUCUACAUCCAAUGUGACGGGUUCAGUCAGAUCAAUACAGGUUAUAUUUGCGUCGGGUAA